GUGGUGUAGCACUCAAGCUUUCAGCUUCAACCAACCACCAUCAAAUAGCUGCACGCGCAUGGCUUGGUAAUGGUCCAGUCAGCUCUCCCUCAUCAACUAGGCGCGGCUGAAACAAAGGUUAAAUCUCUAUCCAUCUUAGAAAUCACACAUAUAGAGCCGCCUCCUCAUUCUUGUCUCCCACACACCUUUCAAUCUCAGUUGAAGCAAGAUGAACUGUAACGAGCUCCAAGAGCACUCCAGAGCAGAUUGCUUCCUGGUCAAAAAGCCGAGGGCGCUGCAAUGGUUCUAUAAGGGACAGCUUGUCAAGGAGAAAGAGGAGGAGCGCCAGGCUGGUCGCUUCGAGCUGUUCUUGGAUCUUUUAUAUGUCGCGAUUGUCGCCAACUUCAGCGAUGAGCUUGCUGAACAUCCUGAUGGUGCUCAUCUAGCAAAGUACAUACUCAUCUUUGCGCCGGCAUGGCAUAUCUGGGCUGAUCUCCGCGAGAUCAUGAACUCGUAUUAUACCGAUGAUUUACUGCAACGACUCGUUAUUCUUUGGGUCAUGGCGCUUCUGGUGCUGUAUGCGAACAACGCCAACGAUGCAGAUGAGGACAUUACUGCAAUGCGGACUACCGUCGGAGCGUACCUCGUAGCCCGCUUCACGACCCUCAAUGUAUUCCUUGUCACCUCGUUUGCAGCGUAUCAGCACCGCACACAGGCCCGGAUCAUGGCUGGGUUCAUGUUUGUCGGUCUUCUCAUUACCAUUCCGCUUUUUCUUGAGGACAUAAACAUUCGCGCAAAAGCCGCCAUCGUUGCCGUGGGCAUCUUCUAUCAAGAGGCGACAUGGGCGCUUACUCUGAGUCCCUGGAUCAAGGCUAAGCUACAUUUGACUUAUAGCACUGCAGUUGACAUUGCGCACGAGAUUGACCGAAUGGGCGCUUUCUUUAUCAUCAUCCUCGGCGAGUUUGUAUACAGCAUCAUUGUUGGCAACAAGACGGGCAUUGGCUUGACUUCAGGAUACGCCAAGGCUGUCUGCACGCUGAUUAUUGCGUUCGUGCUGAACUGGGUAUAUUCCAGCGGCGAUGGCAGUAUUCGCGCAACACAUCCGAUCCGACGAUCUGCUUGGACAGCCUUUGGCUUCUUUCUCCUGCAUCUACCUCUAUCAGCAUCGUUUCUCAUCGGAGGCCACAUCGCCGCUGCGAGCACUGCGAUUGAAGAGUUUGAAGACGGGCAGCGCUGGCUUCUUGGCGGAGGGCUUGGAGUUGGUAUGUUUUGUCUCUGGAUCUACGGGAUGUUAUACAGGGUCGAAGGGGAGUGCACUCUUUUCAUGGGACAGACGACACGGAUCAGUAUGAGGUUGAUAAUUGCGAUAAUUCUUGUCGUUAUUCCGGAGUCACAUAACCAUCUCAACGCUGAGAGUUUUAUGUUUGUUAUCAUGGCUCUGUUUGCUUUCCUCUUGAUAUGGGAGACCAUUGGGGGCUUAUCCAGGACUUCCAAGUUCUUUGAGCCUUGGACGAACAGAAAUCCGCCGCCGGAGGAGGAUGACAGAGAAGGCUUGGCGGGCGAGUAAUGGGAUUGUAAGGCACCUUUCAGAAAAGGAAUUGGCAUAUUGGAUCGUGUUCGGAUCAUAGAGAAUGAUAGUGGGACCCUUAUUAUGCAGGACAUUGAUUGACUUGAAGCUAUAGUGCACCGCCACAGUAAGCGAUCGCCACUGUCUGCGUCAUUCGUGGCGUAUGCUAGGUAUAAUGAAGCUUUCAGGAAGCCGCGGGUUCAAUAUGACUGAUACCUUCUUUUGGAAUCUGGAGGAA